AUGGUCGGAGGACCGGGAGAGAGUCUGCAAGCGGAACCAAAACCACAAAUUGAUCCUACAGAAGGUAGCGUUGUUUUCUGGGGUUUAAGUAGCAAUAGGAAGUUUAGUGGCCAACUUGCAAUUUUCUUGAGUUGUGUAAAAGCUGUCGCCUUUUGUCUGUCGUGGAAUAUCCUCGUCGAAGUUUCUCUGGAACAAGCCUUCAGCGAUCUAGUAACCUCUUCAACGCCACCCAAGCGGAGAAAGUUGAGACGUAUCCCGAUAGUGCUUAACGUGGUAAUUAAGAAUCCAAGCAUGAACUGCAACAUGAUAAAUGUGUCGAUGGGUUCGAUGGGUGUAAUGGUUGGGUCUGGGGAAAAGUUUGCCACAAUUGUCGCCGUAGCAAUGGCGAACACGAAGAUGGAAUUGGUGUCGAAGACGGAUUGGGCAGACUGCGGGUCUACCAGGAGGCUCAUCCAAGAAGAGAUCCAUUGCAGGUGCUCCAGUACGGCGGAGGCCACAGGCGUAUCAAUCGAGCCCGCAAAGGUGUAG